AUGGAGCAAGGAGAAACCGAUAGAGAGAAAAAAUCUGAGGAACCCCAACAACAACACCAGCACCAACUUAGCCCGAAUGCAUUAAGAGUGGCAGUUGCUGAUUGUUUAAAUAGCUGGAUUCACUAUUUACAGAUGCUGAAUAGCAUGUGCUCAGCAGGCCAGCGACUUUCUCAAUCACUAGCGAAUUUGUCCCAGAUGCAAAACAUUCCUUUAGCAUUACAAUGUCAGUCUAGUUGGGAAGAACUUUCCAAAUCAACCGUUAUAGCCAGUAAUUCCGUUAAAACGCACAUCGCCAAUGCCAUGCAGGACAUGAGCAUAGGUGAAACGUUUACGGAAAGCGACGCUCAAAGACAACAGGAUCACAAUCAACAGAUAAUAAUGGAAAAUCUGAUGGCGUUUAUUAAUCUGCAAUAUCAGUUUUCUAUAGCAGGCUGUGAAAAUUUCGGGUCUAUGGCGAUGUGUCCUUUGUGCCAAACGGCUCCAGGUGGCGUGCAUAGUUCAGAAUGCAGUCUGGCUGCAUUACAACAAUGCUUUAACAGAUUGUACACACACGAAUCCUCAUCUCAGAGAUCUAGUCCCCAUUUGGCGAGCGAGCAUGCAGCAGACAGCCCGAAAAAUCAAGACCAAACGAAAUGUGAAGUUCCUAGACAGCGCAGUCCUCAGUCAACCAGAGAACAUUCUCCCCACACGGAAGGUAUCAUUAGAGGCCCCAGUCCUAUACACGUUUUCGGAGAGAGCAGCAGAAGCGCUUGUCCAUUAGAAAUAUUAAGAGGUCCAUUUCCAGUACCUGGUUCGCUACAUUCGAUGAAAUCGCAAUUUCCCGGUCGCGGUUCCCGAUCGCCCCUACAUUUUCCGUUGUUCCCGUUGAACUGCCAGCGUAGAUGGUCAGAGGCAGGCGUCGGGGAAGCUUCUGGGGACAACGGGGACGAGACGAGAAGAAGAUGGUCCAUGCCUUGGGACACUGCUUGGGGCGAAACAACAGCUCCGGGCCAGCAGCGGUAUUUACCAACUAAACUCACCGUACCUUCCGGACAUUCGCAGGAGAAGAGUAGAAGCACAACGCCUGAAACAGUACCACCGGUUUCUCAACCACUAAUGGGCGGUCCGGGAGUUAUAUCGGGUGCAGAAGGAUUGGCGGAGGCGAUUCAUUUGUUGUCUUGUAGACCGGCUAGGUGUUCGAUUCCGCAAACCGCAGGGCCCCACUACAUGCCCCAUUGGGGCGAAACGGCCGAAGAACGGAUGCACAGAAGGAUGAUGUACCCAGGACCCGCGUCUCAAAGGGGUAAUUGGCAAUCAAUCGACGUGCCCCACUCUAGCGGCAUGUCCGUUACGGAGCACUGUGAUAUAUUUCCUUCGGGAUUGCCGCUGACUUCGCGGAAAAGCAGCUCGUCUACGGAUUCUUCUUCUUGCUUGUCGAUUCACAGCCGUUCUACGACGAGCUCUUCGGAACGGGGCUCGGCGAGCGAGGCUAGCGGAACGGAGGCGAUGAGACUUCAUGCGAAUCUGUAUUCGAUGUGGAGCGGAAGCGAACAUUUGCCGUUUAUCAGAUUACCGGAAUCGCAGGAACCGCAGGAUGAUAGCGAUACGGAUGAUCCUCCUACAGAAAAAAGUAGUAGCAGUUAUUUUCCCAAACCGACUUAA